ACUGAUAGAACGAAUGGCAUUAAAAUCAGCACUGAGAAAUACCCUGAAUGUACGGUCAGAUUAGCGACAAUCUAAACUAGGUGGUCCCUACAUCAUUGUCAAUCGGUUUCACUGUGUCGUGGCCAGAAACGUCAAACCGAUAAAUCCGCCACGCAUUCCAAGGCACCGCCACCUUCAAUCAUACCCCUCUUCGACAUUGAACCCGAUCAAUCCCAGCUCGUACGCCAACGCUUUGUCUCAGAUUUGAAAAAAUAAAAUAAAAUAACAAUGGGCCAAUCUUCGCCGGAAAAUUUUAUUCUCGUCAACCCCGAACCAAACGGUGUCGCUUUUGUCACCAUCAACCGGCCCAAGUCUCUGAACUCGCUGACUAAAGCAAUGAUGACGGACCUGGCCAAGUCAUUCAAGGCCUUGGAUCGAGACGACUCUGUUAGGGUAAUCAUUCUUUCGGGUUCGGGUCGGGCUUUCUGCUCGGGCGUAGACCUUACGGCGGCAGAGGACGUCUUCAAAGGGGACGUGAAGGACGUAGAGACCGACCCGGUGGCGCAGAUGGAGCGGUGCAGGAAGCCGAUAAUCGGGGCGAUAAAUGGGUUCGCAGUCACAGCUGGGUUCGAGAUUGCGCUCGCUUGCGAUAUCUUGAUCGCUACUAAAGGGGCUAAGUUCAUGGAUACUCAUGCGAGGUUUGGGAUAUUUCCUUCAUGGGGACUCUCUCAAAAGCUAUCACGCAUUGUAGGACCGAACAAAGCUCGUGAAGUAUCGCUAACAGCCACACCCUUAACUGCAGAGGUAGCUGAGAGGUUGGGUUUCGUGAACCAUAUUGUUGAAGAAAGCCAAUUAUUGAAGAAAGCCCGAGAAAUUGCAUCGGCCAUUAUAAAGAAUAAUCAAGAUAUGGUGUUAAGGUAUAAGUCGAUCAUUAAUGAUGGCCUCAAGCUGGAUUUGGGUCAUGCUCUUGCACUGGAAAAGGAAAGAGGUCAUGAAUAUUACAAUGGAAUGACCAAAGAGCAGUUUAAGAAGAUGCAGGAAUUCAUUGCAGGUCGGAGCUCGAAAGCCCCUUCUUCCAAAUUGUAGAAUUUGCUAAUUUUCUAAUUUGCUGUUGUAAAAAUAAAUAUGUUGGGUAACCAAAAGUAGAGAAAUUGUGCAAAUUAGCAGUUAUAUCGCAUAAAACACUUGUAGAUUUUGUUUGUUACUGGUUACAACAAGUGAAUCACACAUAACACUUCCAGGUUCUCCAAUUAAAUAAAUUUUCUGAUUCAUGUUAAA